CCCCGGCGGGGGCGGCGGGGGGCGGGGAGGAGAAGAUGGAGAAUGAACAAGAACAAGACGACCACUGCCCCAUGGAGGAGAAGGAGGAGACAAAGCAGGAGGAGGAGGAUGAGGAGCGGCUGGAGAAAGAGCACUUCUGGAAAAUCAUUAAUGCUUUUAAAUAUUAUAGGAUAUACGCUCAUGAGAGGGUAACACGUUCCGAAAAGCAAUUCCAAUCACUUCCAGCAGCUCAUCAGAAGCUGCUUCCUAAUUUUCUUCCACAUGUGAGAAAACUAAGAGAAUGUAUCGAACAUAACUAUGAAAUUCUAAAAGAAAUUAUUAACAACUGCAAUCAUAUGUUUGAAAAUAAGGAAUAUGGAUUCAUUGACAUGGAGUCUGACCUGGAAGGAUUAAAACCAGCAUCCACCUUUGAUAUGGACAAACUGAAAUCCACUAUUAAGCAGUUUGUUAGAGAUUGGAGUGAAGAUGGCAAGUCUGAGCGCGAUGCUUGUUAUCAACCAAUCAUUGACGAAAUUUUAAAACAAUUUCCUCAAGAUGAAUGGAAUUCCUCUAAUUUGAACAUACUUGUACCAGGGGCAGGACUUGGAAGACUGGCCUGGGAGAUUGCUCGACUAGGUUAUAGUUGCCAGGGUAAUGAAUGGAGUCUGUAUAUGCUCUUCUGUUCACAUUUUAUACUCAACAGAUGUUCUGGAGUUAAUACAAUGGCAAUCUAUCCAUGGAUCCAUCAAUUUAGUAACAACAAGCGUUCAGCUGAUCAGAUUCGACCUGUCUAUUUUCCUGAUGUUGAUUCGCACAGUCUACCAUCUUAUGCUAACUUUUCCAUGACAGCGGGAGAUUUUCAGGAGAUAUAUACAGAACCAAAUUCAUGGGAUUGUGUAGCAACAUGUUUUUUUAUUGACACAGCCCAUAAUGUUGUUGACUACAUUGAAACAAUAUGGAAGAUUCUGAAACUUGGAGGAAUAUGGAUAAAUCUUGGUCCAUUGCUCUAUCAUUUUGAGAAUAUGGCAAAUGAAAAAUCAAUUGAACUGAGUUAUGAAGAUAUCAGGCAUUGUAUACUUGAAUAUGGAUUCAACUUGGAGGUGGAAAAGAACUCUGUACCAUCAACAUAUACAGAAAAUGACCAAUCCAUGUUAAAAUUCCUUUAUGACUGUGUCUUCUUUGUAGCCAGAAAGCCUGCAUAUGCAUCACCUCUAAAUGGCUUCGCACGAAUAAACAGUUGAGAAUGGAACUGUUGAGUUUUUCUGUGAUUCCAGACUUUAGAUUAUAAAAUGGAGAAGGGAAUUACUCAGAGUCAGGACAAUCCAAUGACUCAGGAGAUCACCGUACUCUAAUAGUGCCUUUUUCAUUUUUAAUUAUCUUCAGGAAAUCCAAACUAUUGCAGUGGUGAUUUUGGACAACCAAAAAUGUGCAAUGAAAUAAUUAUCCAUAAGAUUGGCAAAUGAAGCAACGUUGAAGAAAGAAAAAAUAGGAUAUGAUAUUCUAUUAUUUUGUGCUGAUGUUACCAUGUUGGUAUUUGUAUGCAUACACAUGUCCCUCUUUUUGGGUAUUGCCCCCAUGUCGAGGUAGCCAAUUAUAAUUGAAAUAAUCUAAUGAGAUACCCCUCAUGCAUGCAUGUGCAUGCACUCCCUCCAUACAUUCUAAACCUUGACACAUUGUAUCAUCAUCCUUCAUAUUUUUCCACAUUGUUGAAAUCAGAAUGUUAAUGAAUUGUAUAUGUUUUUGUAGACUUUUGAGCUUGUUGAAUAUUUUGUGUGGUUAUUUUAGCUGGAUACCAUUUUUGUUACAGCUGAAUAAGUUUUCCACUUUUACAAUGUAGUUUUCUAAAAUCGGGGAAAGGGGAUUAGCACUCUGAUUUGAAUUAGGUUACAGGGAUCUCUUCAGGCCAUGAUGUACUUAAAACAAGUUUGUAUCAUCGAUGUAAAAUGCACAAAAUAUGCCAUGUCUUGACUGACUUUUCAGCAUUGGCAUUCUUGUGCGUUGCUGCACUUUGUUGUCACUGUAUUUUGAAACUCAUCUGCUGCUGUUCUUACGGAAGCAGUUAAUCAGUAUUGGUCUACUUAAUUUAUUGUUUCUAUUAUAACAUUUAAAACAAAAUCUAUGAAAAAUAUUGAAAUGAAUUAUACAUAUAUGGGGUUCCCUUUGUUUGGAAAAGACCAGCUUCAGCUUCUGACUUUGCAUCAUGCCAAAACAUAUGCAGCCGUUAAAACCAAUAACGCCUUUCUUAACUCCUCGGAUAUUUCACCAUUCCCGUGUAUUAUAACCGUUCCUUGUGGCAUGAGUAAAGUUCAAUGCCAAACCACACAAUCAUGUGAUUUAAUUGCAGAUACCUUACCACAGUUCUGUCAAACUUAAUCCCCACUUUUAAAAAUGUUGCAAUUACAAUAAAAUUAUCCUCAUAAAGGAAAUUGCCAUAGAACCAUACAGGUUAGUGGAUAUUGAGAAUGUUAUUUUGAUUCUUUGUUCCAGUGUACAUUUUUAAUGCAUUCUCAUGAAACAAAUUAGAGUCUAUAUUAUACAAUCUCAUAUGACUUAAUGUAGCAAAAAAUUACCAACAUUUGUCAACUAUUGCUGCAGAAUAAUUUAAUAAUUCCCAUGAUAAUACAAAAGAUCUGACAGUGUAGUCUCAUAAUUGAACUUCCAUGACAAAAGUAGGUAUCAGUCACUAUAUUCAAUACAGUCAGUGUUGCGAGUACAACAUACUAUAUGUUGUCAGUGAGUCGUCUUCUCUAGGGUAUUCAGAAAAUUGCUUAAUUUUUAAAUUAAGAACUCCUUACGCCAAUCAGUAUGAUAACUCUAAUUCAGAAUAUGUUUUGUGAAAUGCACAAGGGUAAUCUGCAGAUCACCUACUUUUGAAUGACAUUUUACAUUAUAUGCCACUUAAAACAAUCCAGUUUCAAUAAAACAAAACAAAAAAAAAAAACUUUUAAAGCUGUAAUAUUGAUGUUUAUUCAAAAUGUGAUUAUUUUAACGCAUAUCUGCCAAAGAUAUAAACACAAUUUAAUUCCUUGAAAUGUUGGCAUCUAAAAUAAGGUUAAACAAAAUAAUUGUAAUAACUAUGUUCAGGCUUUUACAACUGGAAUUCCUAAAUAUUGAACAUUUUGAAGCAAAACAGUUAUUUUCAUUACAUCGUCAAUAGUUAAAAAUAAUCAACAUUCCUGUUGAUUUAUCAGUAUUUCCAAACUUGAAAAUGUGCAGUAAAAAAUGACUAAAAUUGGAAUUGUUGGCUAUUACCUCCAGUUCUCCCAUACUAGGAAAAAGUGCAAAUAUGUAUGAAGGUUUUCACAAACAAGUUGUCUCUGAGCAGUUAAUUUAAAAAGAUAACUAUGACAUUAACGAGCUUUAUAAAAAUCUCCACUUCUGCUUCCCCUCAGUAAGUUUUCAGUUCUGGUUAAUCAUUGGGCUUCAGGGAAUUAGAUUGCUUUCUUAAUUCUUAAACUUCAAUUGCACUCCAAACAAAUAAACCCAAGUGCUGUCCCAAAUUAAAAUCGACUGUGUUUUGGAUUCAAAUUUCACCUUUUAGUUUCCUCUUGAAUUUCACAUGCUCCUUCCUCUAAGAAAGACGAAGGGCAUUUAUAUGAUUCUAAAACUUUAGGAAAACUGGGUGCUGAAAAUUGUAUAAAAAUGUCAAAAGCUGACUACCUCAUCGCCAGAAAAGUUGAAGUAUCUUCAAAGGUUUUGAAGGUGCCUGUUCCAUGUGGUUGUCUGACAAUUAUGAAUUCAGUUUUAUUUAAAAUAUGAUCAAUGUUGAAAUUGUCAUUAGUUGAACCAUUGUGGCAGUGACUCAAAUGGCCAUUUUCAUUUAACAAAUGUUUAAUUAGAUCUGGUGGGUCUGAACACAAAUAUUAUCCACGUAUUAUUAUGUACUUGUUAAACAACUUCCAGUUUUACUGAUUUGUCUUUGAAGAGCUUAAUGCAGAUUAAUACCAAUUAUUUGGUGGAUGAAUAAAGGAGGGAUUUGUUCAAACCUAUUCUUUUUACCUACAGAACAUUUGUCUUUGGUUUACAAAUGUUUUUCAAAAGUGUUUUUCAACUUGUUUAGAUAUAAACAAUUUUGUUUGAUACAAAUAUGCAUCGAACAUAUAAAUAUGCCUUCUUUAAACAAAUAUGUUUGCCAAAAGCUUUUCAAAAACUAUGUGCCUAUUAUGUUGGUGAAUGGGCUAAGAACAUCCUCUCCAUGGAUCAAUGUCAUUCUGCAAUAUAUUGUUAUAAUACGAGUAAGUAUUUUAAACAAUUUAAGAUUAAUUUGGCUUAAAUGAAUUUGCAUUUUAGUUCAAUUUUAUUAUGAUAAUAGUCAACCUAAACCCAGUUAAAAUGCAAAAGAAAGAUGCCACCCUGUAUCUGUAAAAUUAAUUCAAUAGGUAAGCAAUUCUGUUCAUCUCAAUUUCAGCAAAUGCAUUCGUCUGACAGAUUUGUAAGCAAGACCUUUGUACACAACAUCCCUCUUUUUCUGUUCAGCUGUAUUUGCCAGUAACAUCUUGCAACUCAAUUGUAUUUGGUGCUGUAACAAAGGCUCCUAUUAAGAUACUAGCAAGAUUAAGCAAAUGUGCAUUUGAAUAACAAUAGACAUGUAAUUCUAAGUGCAAUUGGUGAUUUGAUAGCAUGUUGCUAACUGCAGAAUUUCAGUUAGCCUGUGUUUUCUGCUGGGUAUACUGUUAAAAUGAAGCAUCUUAGUAUUAUCUGUAAGAGGUAAAAUGAUUGUCUUAUAGUCAGUUUGAAUUCUUAGAUAUCUUAGAAAUUUUUCCACCAUGUAAGUGUGCAAGAAUCAACGUGGUUGCUUAAAAAUUAUACAACAAUUGAAGCAAAUUGCCUGUCUCAAACAUAAAUCGCCAAAAAUUCCAUCAAUCCUUUAGAAUAUUGAGAUUAAAUUGUUAAAAGUACUAAUAGAAAUUCUUUCCAGUUUUGUGGGAUUCUAAUGAAACUGUAUAAGUAGAAUUAGUUCUGGAAACUGGAACCAUAGUUUACAUUUUCCAUUAAUGAUUGUGCUCGAAGGAUGAGUGCAAGUACAGGUAGUUUAACUGAAAGGUCAUUGACCUGUAUAUUAACUCCGUUUCUCACCAUAAAUGCUCCUGCCUUCCUAAUAUUGCCAUAUUCUGCUUACAGAUUCCAGUGCCUGUGGUACUUUGUUUUUUUCCUUCAUGUUUGCAUUAUUUUGGCCAUUUACCACUGAGCAUUAAACCAUUGUUAACCAUGUAAUUUUUUUUUUCCUGGCUACAUUGACCAGACACUUGAACAAAAAAUAGAAAAAGACAAAAUACUUGAAAGUAGUAAAACACCCGAUAACACAACAUGCUUGGGGCAUUGGUGCUGCUAGACAGGUAGAUUUUCUGGACUAUCAAAGAUGCUAUUUUUGUUAAUAUCUCAACAUUUCUUAAUUAACUUUUUGUCAGAAGAUUUACGAUAGAUGAAAGGGAGCGCAGGCCCAGAGGAACGUAGAAAUUGAUUGUGUAAAACAGGCCCAAGGGAUGUGGAAGAAAGUUUGGAAACUGGGCACGGAUGAGCAGAAAGGGAGUGCAGCAAUCAUUACCAAGUGAGACAGAUGCUGAACCAUUAGGAUUUCUGAAUUGGCAGAUAGCGGAUCAUCGGAGUUUUACUGUUAUGUCAUUUGCAGCUAUAACAAAUUGUUUACAUAUUGUAUCUUGUAGAUAUUAACAUUUCAUUACAGUGUUUGAGAGAAUGACAAAAUCGCAAUAUUGAGCCAUAUAGGCAAAGUUAGAGCAGAAAUAAUUUGGGUUAUGUGGAGCCAUAUUAAAGGAGGGAAGCGAUUUGCAGAGGUUUAUGAAGCAAGUAAAAGUGAAGGUACAGCCAGUGAUGGAAUGAUUAAAAUCAAGCAUGUUCAAGAGGUUUAGAGAGUCAUAAACUUGCGUGGUGUGAGGCUUGAUGUUUCAGGGGAGCAAGGGUCAUAAGUAUUUGGAAAAUAAGGAUCUAAAAUCUAAAAAUUCUAGAUGUAAGUGUUUCACAACAACGUUAACACUGAUAAAGCAGUUUUGUAAAACAACUGACAAAUGAUUCAGCAAAAUGAUUUGAGGCAUUGCCUCCAUUGCUUGGUGGCUUAUUUGCUGAACAUGAUUUUAUUCUCCUGCAUAGGCACUAUUCAAAAUACAGUAUUUUGAACCAAUAAUUACAAUUAUAAGCACAGUGUAGAUGCCUACUGGAGUAAAUCAAUUUCUGUAAAUGAGUUUUGCAAAACAAAUAGUAAAAAAAAUACCAAUAAACUAUUUUGUAAAUAUAUCUGUUUCUCUAUAUUCUAUUCUAAUUUAAAUGUAGAAUAUUGUCAUCAAUGUACUAUUUACCUUGUCCGCCUUUAUAUUGAAAAUGAAGUUUCAUCACUUGGGAUCUUUAAGAAAUGUAUACCUAGGACAUCGGGUAGUCUUUCUGCAUUCUCAUUACAAUAGACAAUAGGUGCAGGAGUAGGGCAUUCAAUGUGAUCAUGGCUGAUCAUCCACAAUUAGUACCCCUCUCCUGCCCUCCCCAUAUCCCCUGAUCUAUCUUUAAUAUCCCCUAUCUUUAAGAGCCCAAUCUAGCUCUCUCUGGAAAGUAUCCAGAGAACCAGCCUCCAUCUAAGGCAGAGAAUUCAACAGACUCGCAACUCUGUGUGAAAAAGUGUUUCCACAUCUCUGUUCUAAAUGGCUUACCCCUUAUUCUUAAACUGUGGUCCCUGGUUCUGGACUCCCCCAACAUCGGGAACAUGUUUCCUGCCUCUAGCGUGUCCAAACCCAUAAUAAUCUUACAUGCUUUAAUAAAAUACCUUCUCAUCCUUCUAAAUUUCAGAGUAUACAAACACAGCCGCUCCAUUCUCUCAGCAUAUGAGUCUCGCCAACCCAGGAAUUAACCUUAUGAGCCUACGCUGCACUCCCUCAAUAGCAAGAAUGUCCUUUCUCAAAUUUGGAGACCAAAACUGCACACAAUAAUCCAGGUGUGUUCUCACUAGGGCCCUGUACAACUGCAGAAGGACCUCUGCUCCUAUACUCAACUCCUUUUGUUAUGAAGGCCAACAUGCCAUUCACUUUUUUCAUUGCCUGCUGUACCUGCAUGUUUACUUUCAUUGACUGAUGAACAAGGAUCCCCAAAUCCCGUUGUACUUCCCCUUUUUCCCAACUUGACACCAUUUAGAUAAUAAUCUUCCUUCCUGUUUUUGCUACCAAAGUGGAUAACCUCACACUUAUUCACAUUAAACUGCAUCUGCCAUGCAUCUGCCCACUCACCCAACCUGCCCAAGUCACCCUGCAUUCUCAUAUCAUCCUUCUCACAGUUCACACUGUCACCACCUUUGUGUCAUCUGCAAAUUUGCUAAUAUCAUGUAAUCCCUUCAUCUAAAUCAUUAAUAUAUAUUGUAAAUACAUGUGGUCCCAGCACAGAGCCUUGCGAUAUUCCACUAGUCCCUACUCUUUGUUUCCUAUCUGCCAACCAAUUUUCUAUCCAUGUCAGUACUCUACCCCCAAUACCAUGUGCCCUAAUUUUGCCCACUAAUCACCUGUGUGGGACCUUAUCAAAGGCUUUCUGAAAGUCCAGGCACACAGCAUCCACUGGCUCUCCCUUAUUCAUUUUCCUAGUUACAUCCUCAUAAAAUUCCAGAUUAGUCAAGCAUGAUUUGCCCUUCGAAAAUCCAUGCAGACUUGGAAAGAUCCUGUUACUGUUAGCUAAAUAUGCCACUAUUACAUCUUUA